CUGCAGCGCUCGUCGUCGUCGUCGGAAACAAUGAACGUCAGCGUCGCAUCGGCAACGACACAAGCCGUCUUUCUGAGCGGCUUGUCCAGCGUCGUAGCCCAAGCCAUCUCCGCUUACAAGUCCAAGAGCUUCGGAGAAGUCGACAUUGUCGCGUUCACGCAUGUCCUAGUCUACACGGCGCUCACGACGCCCCCGAAUCACAAGUGGCAGCAAUUCCUCGAGUCUGCCUUUCCAACGCAAACGCCAAUCAAUCAUGGCCCAAAGUCGUCGGCCGCUGCUCAGUCGCCCGGAAAGUGGGCUGCUGCGGGUCGCAGCGAGCAGCAUCGCGAUCCACAGCCAGACGAUGGACCAACAGGCCUGAAUGUCGCCAACACUGUGGCCAAGUUUUUCCUCGACCAGACGUUUGGAGCGGUAGUCAACACCAUCUUGUUCAUCUGCCUCAUGGAAUACAUGAAGACCAACAGCUUCGCAAGUGCGCGAUCCAACCUAGGACAGAACUUUUUGCCCAUGCUCCUGUCCGGUUACAAGCUCUGGCCUUUUGUAUGCCUGCUAAACCUGACAGUCGUGCCGUUCGAGUACCGCGUGCUGGUUGGGAGCGCCGUAGGGCUGGCCUGGGGGGUCUAUAUCAACCUCAUGUAUGUUUGAGGCCGACAAGGAAGAAGCCCGUCAUUUAUCAUAGAC